AAAACUUCUCUUUUCUGUGGAAUUUUCUGUUUACAAGAAGGCGCAGAUUUAGGACUGGGUAUAUAUUGCAGUGGCACUCCUGGGCAUUCAUACAGUUCUUUCUCCAGGGAGAAGACAGAAGGAACGGUUCAGCUGCCUUUUCUGAGACUCUGCUUCAAGGGGAGCAAGAGCCCUUCACUGAAAUCCUCCCACGAUGCUGGGGCUGCUGCUGCUGCAGGUGUUGGCCAGCUGCCUCUGGCUGGGACACGGCAAGGUGGUGAAUUCCUUUGCAGAAUGUCCUCAGUUCUUCUAUGGAGGGACCACCCCAAAUGAUGCCCUGAAUCCAAAGAACCCAGCGUGGAUCUGCCAGCUCUUCGACAACAAGUAUCGCUUUGCCACUCUGUACGACAGAGACAAGAGAAUUCCAGUGUACUCUGCUUACAAAUAUGAGCCUUCAGAUGCCAAGAGACCCCACUCAUGGUGGUUUGUUGAGCCCCAGCUCAUAGAUAAAAAUAGUCUUAAACAGAUGGAAAGAGAGUCGGUCCUCACAGAGAAAUACAAAUUCACUUUAGACCAAAUCAAAGAGAGCCAGGCUGUCCUUGCUGACUACAAAGUUAUGAAGGGUUUGGACCGUGGCCAUUUGAGCCCCAGUAGUCAUCAGGAUAGCAGAGAAAGCAAGACGGCAACAUUCACCCUCACCAACAUAGUGCCCCAGGACAGCAGCCUCAACACCGGCCAGUGGAACAACUAUGAGUGUAAAACAAUGGUGCAAAAGACCAAGGACUGUAAAAGCACCUACGUUAUCACUGGUGCUGUGCCAGGGAACACCUACGUCUCUGGAAACAGAGUUAACAGACCCAGCCACAUCUGGUCAGCUGCCUGCUGUCUGGGGGAAGACACACAGCCCAAAGAUGCUUGGGGGGCCAUUGCUGAGAAUGACAAGAACAUGGUGGAGCUCGUCAGCCUGGGGGUGCUGGAGAAGAAUUUGACCGAUCUCUACGGGAAAACAGUUACCCUGUUCAACAAUGCCUGUCCCCGGUAUCAGAGCUUCUAUCUUUUUUAGAAGAGGCUUGGUGGCUUUUUGCACUUGUCUUAGAAUCCCAGAAUCACAGAAUGGGUUGCUUUUGAUCAGAACUUAAAACCUUAGAAAUCAUCUCACACUGACUUGCCUGCCAUGGUAAAGGAAACCUUCCACUACACCAGGGUGUUCCAAGCCCUCCCCAGCCUGGCCUUGAACACUUCCAGGGAUGGGACACUCAAAACAGCUCUGGGUAACUUUACUUGUACCACAUCCUGCUCAGGGUAAUUUACUUGGUUAUAAUAGCUCAUUCCACCCUGCCCUCCAUCAGUGUGAAACCAUCCCCUCUUGUCCUGCAGUCCAUACCCUUGUCCAGAGACCCUCUCCAGCCCUCAUCGAGAUCCUUGAGGUAAUGGGCUCUCAGGAGUCUUCUCCAGGCUGACCAUCCCCAGCUCUCUCACCCUCUCUCCGGAGCAGACACAGCCCAGCCCUUGGAGCACCUUCAUGGCCUCCACUGAACCCCACACCAACAGCUUUGUAUCCCCCUUGUGCUGUGGGCCCCAGAGCUGGAGGCAGCCCUGCAGGUGGGGUCUCAGCAGAGCACAGUAGAGGGGGACAAAUGUCCUGUGCAGCGUCUGUGCUGCUUCCUUCUCUGGUGAUUUUCCAUCUCCGUCCCUCAGGGCCCCUCCUCCUCUGCUCAAAGGCACAGAGCUGUGGGCAGAGCCUCCAGCUGCUUUGCUUUGCUGCCCCUCUCAGGAGCGAGUCCUCUCCUCCUCAACUGUCCCCGAGAGUGUGCAGCUGACCUGUCCCUCACCUCCUUAGCAAGGCUGUGGGACCAGGGCCCCUCCGGUGCUCAGAGAUCUUUUCUGGAGAUCUGGACAUACCCACACCCCAACAAUACAUGGUUCUGGACAACCUGCCCUAGCUGAUGCUGCUGGGGCCUGGAGUCUGCACUAGAAGAUCUGAGAAGUCCCUCCAAAACACAACAAUUCAGUGAUUCUGUGAUCCUGGGACAUGCUUUUGGUUCCUUGCUUUUGAAACUGCACCUUGAGAGCAGCAGCUGUUGUAUUAGACAGGCAGGCUUUGGCAUCAGGCACAGAGAAAGCUUUGAGCAGCCAAAGCUCAAUUCCUGUGCUGCCCUCCUUGGACACCUUCAUUCUCUGCUCUGCUUCUGAAGCUUUUCUGCAGAUUUAUGGGAAACUGAUUUGGGGAAAUGUAUUCAAUGGUUGUCAAAGAUCAAUGUGUGCCACAUCAUGUAGUUUGCAAGAGCUUACAAUAAAGGUUGUUUACUGCA